GCUCGGCAGAGCGCGCCGACGGCGGGCAAAUGUGAAGAUGAAAGUGUUGGGACUACGAGCCGACUGGGUGCGAGGAAGAGGGAAAGGGAAACAAAGGAAUGUCUUUGUAAAGUCUGGACUAUCCUAUAGUGACUGAGGACACGUUAAAGACUAAAUUCCAGCGUCAAUGUGACACGUCCAGGAUGGAGUGGGGGAGCCAAUGAGAAGGCAACUCAUUACUGCGCGUCGGCCAGGAGGGCAACAUCAUCAAUCAGCUCCUCAGCUUUCCAGAUCAAUAGCACGUCAUUACCUGUUGGCGCGCCUCUGCAUACGUGGAAAGACCUCCUCCUCAAUGGCGCCGUUGCUGUGGUCCAAGAUCUCCGCAGUCCUUCCUCCAGACGAGGACCACUUCACACUGCACUUCAGCGACACCGUCGAGGCGAGCGUGGUGGAAAUGCUGAAAAGGUGCAGACGUCGACUGUACACCGGCGCCCCCGCUGCCGAGCGGCUUCUCGACGCUCAGAUCGUCCUGGACUUCUCGUGGGAGAAGCUCAACACGGGAACGUGGCGCCACGUGGACAAGGAGUGGCGUCGUGUCUACUCGUACGGAUGCCUCUUUAAGGUGUGCGCCCUGUGCGGAGAGGAGCCCUCCGAGGAGGACCUGCUGCAGGCCAUCCGCACCUGUGACAUGGGCUUGCUCAUGGGCGCUGCCAUUAUGGAUGAUCGACUGCAAGUGGUGGUCCAGAUUCUGCAAAGACAAGUCAGGAAAAACACCGAAAAUAAUGACGGCAGAGAGCAUGCAGAGGCCAAGAGGAUCAAAUUGGCAGUGCCGGAGGUUCCGGAGAUCCGAGAAGAUCUGAAAAUUCACAGGGUGAAAUGUCCGUCCCUGGAGAGCUUCAACAAGAACUACCUGCUCCCCCACAAAGCGGUCAUCUUGGAGGAGACCAUUGACCACUGGCCAGCCCUCAACCAGCACCCCUGGAGCUUAGAAUACUUGAGGUCGGUGGGCGGAUGUCGCACGGUCCCCGUGGAGGUGGGCUCCAGGUACACGGACGAGGAGUGGUCCCAGACGCUGAUGACGCUCAAUGCAUUCAUCGACCGCUAUAUUUUAAAAAGUAGAGACACCUCGCCGGACGGGGCGACGCCGAUCCGCGGCUAUCUGGCUCAGCAUCAGCUGUUCGAGCAGAUACCGGAGUUGAAGGACGACAUCCGCCUGCCUGAUUACUGCUGCCUAGGUGACGGCGACGAAGACGACGUGACCGUCAACGCUUGGUUUGGACCCGCCGGCACCGUGUCGCCCCUCCACCAAGACCCCCAGCACAACUUGCUGGCGCAGGUAGUGGGAUGCAAGUACAUCCGCUUGUACUCGCCAGAAGACUCCGAUAAACUUUACCCGCACCCAUCUCAACUCCUCCACAAUACCAGCCAGGUGGAGGUGGAGAACCCCGACUCGGAGCGCUUCCCGGAGUUCUCCGGGGCUCCGUACCGGGAAUGCGUGCUGAGGCCCGGAGACGUGCUCUUCAUCCCGGUGCGCCACUGGCACUACGUGCGCUCGCUGGAACAAAGUUUUUCCGUCAGCUUCUGGUGGUCCUGAUGUGGGGGGAAAGCGGAAAAAAUGAAAACGUCUCAGGUCGUACGUUAUUCCAGCGCUUCCGUGGAGGCGACGUCCACGUCGUGCAUGCGCUCGGCCACGAAGAAGCAGAUCGUUCCACUGAAGCCCAGCGCCACCAUGAGAAGGAGCUGCCACGUUAGCAGCGUGUCCCCGCUGUAGAAAAACGC